CAGUAGAGCAUCGAGAAGAGAUCACACAGACGCCCGCCAUGCCAGUGGUAAAGAAGGAAGAACUAUCCCAGAAGAAGGAUUCGGAGUCAGAGGAGUCUGGCGUGGAGGAUGAAUAUGAAGUGGAAAAGGUCAUCAAGCAUCGAGGGAAGGGGAAAAACAUUGAGUUCCUUGUUCGUUGGAAAGGAUAUGGCCCAGAGUACGACACUUGGGAACCCACCGAGAAUGUUGCGAGUGCAGAAGAAGCUGUCGCUGCGUAUUGGGAAUCACAAGAUAAGACGGCCGCAGCGCCCAGAAAGCGAGGACGUCAAGAAGCAUAUACUGCUUCGCAGGCAUCUAUAACUCCCAAACCCGAAUCAUCCAAGCAAGCCGCAAAGAAGGCACGGACAAGUACAGCAGCAAAUGGAAUCAAGGCAUCUGUGGAUAAAGGGGAAGGGGAUGAAGGAGCAUCGGACGAUGAUAUUGACCGGCAAUACAGCGGGAAUCUCGACAAAUACAAUGACCUGAAGAACUGGGAGAAUGUGGUCCAAAAUAUUGAAACAGUUGAACAGGGAGAAGGCGGUCAAUUGAUUGUUUACGCUACCAUGAAGGGAGGCGAAAAGGUGACUAUACCGACUGAAGUAGCCUAUAGAAAGUGCCCAUUGAAAUGCCUUUACUUCUAUCAGAAACAUUUGAAGUGGAGACCGGUAGAUGAAAACGAAUGAGAAUCAUAGAAUACUGUUUUGACGAAUAACUGUUUCUUUGUAUUAUCGAAUAAAUAGCAUGUGCCUAUGUAUAAGAAGCAACCAUUAUGGUUCACUGUCAAGGUUGCAAGGCUUGACUAAUGGCCCUGAUAUAAUCCACAAUAUGCAGCAAUCAAAAAAGCGAAACACCAGAUUUUAGACUUGCCAUAGAUGGCCAUGGAUUGAUUGUAAGGCCGCAUAAUUAGUUGACCUCUGUGCUUGCUUUGAUGUGUUGUUGCUCAGGUUUCAUUCAAUUUCUAUUUUGUCACUGCGGAAUAACCGAU